AUGUUAGUGUUAGGGCAACAUCUCAAAGGAAGUCGGAUCCCGUGUGAUAUACCCAACACAGUUAUCGUUGACUUGGAUUUUUGGAAAGAUAAACAAAAUGAACAAACAGCGAUGGAUUGGUAUGAGUUGUAUAUUAAAUUUUUGUCCGCACUUAAAUCUAAAUUGACAAAAUAUAUUACUAGAGAUAAAUAUAAAUCGGCUUUACCCCAAUAUAUCUUGGGAAAACUAAAAUAUAUUCGAAAAGUUUGUUAG